AUCAAUACGAUGAAAUAAAUAACCAAUUUUCUGGUUAUUACCAUUGAAAGUUGGGUGCGUAUUAAACGCACCAAUGGUUUGGAAAAAGCAAAACAUUUCGGAGAAAAACAUCUAAUAACAACAGGCAGUAUUACUUUGAAUAGGUUUAAUAUUAUUAAUGUAAAAAAAGUAUUACAAAACCACGCACAAUUUAUAGUUUUAAUUGACCAAAAUAUUUCAUUACUAUCAAUUAAUUUUCUCUGUUGAUUAAGAACGAAUCAUUACUUUUAAUGCAUUUCAAAGCAAAUCUUCCAAAGCCAACAAUUAAAUGCGCAUUUCAACUCUAUUUAUCUUUAAUUACCUUCCAAAAAUUUGCUCCCCUAUUAUCAGUCCGUUCUGAAAAAAUAAUAAUUUUAGGCAUUUAAAUUACACUUACACUCGGUAGCCCGAUGUAACCUUAUCAGCAUCCACUAAUCAUAACAGUGACAGCUAUAAAUUCACCGUUCAGCAGCACCGUUGCAGUGUGAUUGUUUGUCGUUUGCGUUGCAGGUAUCGGAUACCUAACCUAGGCCUGGAAAUGUUUAAACAGUGUGCUUUGCUAGUGCUGUUGGUGCAGCUGAUCGAUUCGUCGGUCGCUGUGGUGAGAUUUGAGAAUCUCAAGUACGAGCUGAACAAGGACUACAUGCAUGGUAACAUAUUCAUCAAAAGCCAGAACGACAAGUACGCGUUCGGUGCCGACGUCGAGAUGACGAAGAAAGUGGAGGGCAGCGUCAUCAUAACUCCACAUCUCCAGCAUUUGAUAAAGGGCGAGUACCACACGAUGGUGAACAUCGAUCUCGACACCUGUAAGGUUGAUCCGGUAAUGUCGGAAAAUCCGAUCGUACGCACAAUUGCGAAGGAAUCAACCAAGUUCAUCAAUUUCUCCCUCAUGUGUCCUUACAAUCCGGGACGGUAUUUGUUGAACGAUUUUACACUCGAUUCGGAAAGCCCACUGCUGAAGUUGAUUCCGAACGGCAAAUACAAGUUGGAACUGAAGGCGACCCAUUAUCCGACACCGGACGCAACACCGAUCAUGUUGUUCGGGUACUCGAUUGAUUUCGAGCUGUUCGCUGCCACCAGCUAAAUGGGAGGUUUUUCUUUUUGAAGAUGAUCCAAACCGAUACUUCAUUCACGGCUAAAGCAAUGUAUGUUUUGCGUUUGUCCUUAAACAAACUUUAUCCCCAAUAAAUCCAUUUUGCAAAUGUGUAACAGAACAAAUAUUGUAUUCUCAACAUGAUUUUUCUUUCCAUUUCUAUUUACACAAAAGGAAGUGAAAAACAAUUAAAUAAACCGCUUCCCAAAUUUAAGCUGAUUUAUUGUUCCACCCAAGAGGGUGUGAAAAGUUUCCAUUUUAAUUGAAAUUCGUUUCAACCUGUAGAGUGUAUGCCUCAUUUAUCGUACAGCCGAUUUAGUUCCGCGAUUGGUCAAAAUUAUUAAUGGAACUAACUUUUGCACCGACAACCACACUUCAAGUGAAGAAUAAGCCUAUUGAGAAAUUUCCAAAUAAAAACACACCCGACACCUUAUCAUCAUUGACGAUUAUCGUUUCAUCAGUAGUAGACGCACCACUUGGAAACCUUCUUCUUUCCCCGCCGGGAUAUCCCCAAAAACCAUAAUUGAAAGCUAGCGAAUUCGAUCCCUUUUUUCUGAGGAUGAGGAAGGUGGAGAAGUUUUCCCGAAAGCUUGGCGAACAAUGUAAAGGGAAAUUGUGGCAUUUCCACCACCAUCAUCAUCGUCAUCAUGCCACCAGAAACCAGAAAAAGCGUUCCGACUGGCUGCUCUUUAAUCAGCAGUCAAACGAACUUUUUCCGUCCCCUGGUGCCGUUAAUUACCCUGCUAAAAACCAUCAAUCAUAAAGUGGUGUGUAAGCGCACUAUGGCCGUUCGCUACAAGGAUUCAAACACAUCCGACACCCAGCGUUUAUGGGAAGGACGCCCGGGUUGGCAUGGUUUUGGGGAUUGGGGCUGGAUGUUGUAAAGUUAUGAUAAAUAAUCCAAGGGUUUGAAUAAUUGAUUACAUCGUAAGAACGACGGACAGAUAGCAUUAAAGUCGAGGAAAAAAAUCAAUUCAA